CAUGACGUUAUUAGAAAGCGGCGCCGCUGCAGACUGGAAUGGGAGCUGGCGAUUUUUCCCAUAUUUUGAUAGUUUAAUCCGUGAAUGGCGCCGAAACAGGACCCGAAACCUAAAUUUCAAGAAGGUGAAAGAGUGCUGUGUUUUCAUGGGCCAUUGCUCUACGAAGCUAAGUGUGUUAAGAUAAACAUCAAGGACAAACAAAUCAAAUACUUUAUUCAUUACAGUGGGUGGAAUAAGAACUGGGACGAAUGGGUUCCUGAAAGCAGAGUGCUUAAGUAUGUGGACAGUAAUCUGCAGAAACAGAGAGAGCUUCAGAGGGCCAAUCAAGACCAUUAUGUAGAAGGAAAAAUGAGGGGUCAGGCGCCAAAUAAGAAGAUACCUGCUGCAUCGCAGAAAAACGAUGUGAAAACCAAAAAGAACAAACAGAAAACUCCUGGUGCAGGAGAAGGGACUAGUUCAGGAGGAGGAGAUCCAACCCACCCUCCACGCAAGAAAAGAGCCCGUGUAGACCCAACUGUGGAAAGUGAGGAAACCUUCAUAAAUCGAGUGGAGGUUAAAGUGAAAAUCCCAGAGGAGCUGAAACCCUGGCUUGUGGAUGACUGGGACCUGAUUACACGGCAGAAGCAGCUUUUCCACCUACCUGCCAAAAAAAAUGUUGAUGCAGUCCUUGAAGAUUAUGCAAACUACAAGAAAUCAAGAGGAAACUCAGACAGCAAAGAAUUUGCUGUAAACGAGGUAGUUGCUGGUAUCCGUGAAUAUUUCAAUGUUAUGCUGGGGACACAACUUCUCUACAAAUUUGAGAGGCCUCAGUAUGCGGACAUCCUUGCCAACCACCCAGAUACACCAAUGUCUCAAAUCUAUGGGGCUCCUCACCUACUCAGACUCUUUGUGAGAAUCGGAGCCAUGCUGGCGUACACUCCCCUGGAUGAGAAGAGCCUUGCACUGCUGCUCAGUUAUCUACAGGACUUCCUCAAGUAUCUUGUAAAAAACUCUGCAUCGCUCUUCAAUGCAAGUGACUAUGAAGUUGCCCCACCAGAGUACCACCGCAAGGCAGUGUAAGGUUUAUUUUAGGAUCAGAAGCCUUUGUGUGUUGACGUUUGGAGACAUUCUUCCCAGUCGAAAGGAUGUUUUCACAAAACUCCUUUGGAGAGCGGAUUGUGCGAGAUCUGUUGAUUUGGUAGAGGAGAAUUGGAGCAAGAUGUCACACUAAUCCCUGGACAAAUUCAUUUUCUUUCAUGUGGAAAGCUGCUGAUUACGCUCUUCCUGUACUGGUAUGUUUUUAAGUACCACUUUGUAGUUUUUUUUGUUUUUUGUUUUUUUUUUUUUUGUUCUUUAGAGAAAAGGAUUUCAUCAUGUUCCCUAUUUUGAUUCAGAUGCUGGCUAAAUUUGUCAUGUAGACUGUCAGUUUUCUAAUAAAACUCAUUCUCCAGAUAUUGGUCCCUUUUAAUUACUGAGUGUAAUGUCAUAAGUUGAGUAUUUUGUUUUUAUAUUUUUUGCCAAAUUGUUCAGUUGAAGAUGAGCGUAACCAUACGAGUACAAUUUGCUUAUAAACUGUUUAAAAACUUUUUUCAUGUACCUUGAGGAAAAUUAAAAUGAAGUGAUUAGUUGUUUAAGAAGAAGGUACAAAUUUCUUUGUUUUAAAAUCUUUAUGUAUGUGCUGUAUAUGCUGUGAAUAUUAAUAGUUUACAUUGUUCUGGACUGUUCAAGUUACAUUUUACUUGAAUUUUAUCCAUGUCCCAACAUCAUAGUUAACAUACGACUAGUUCAUGGUAAGAGGGGAAAAAAGUGUUUAUCAAAACUACGUAAUUAAAGUCUUGUAUUUUUAAAAAUG